AUGUCAGAUAUACCUAGCAGACAGCGAGUACAAGAGAGAAUCCGCGAAAGUAAGCGGAGGCACAGGACUCGAAAGAAAGAAUAUGUGGAAGAACUCGAACGCAAGCUGCGAGAUUAUCAGCAGCAAGGUGUCCAGGCCGCCCCAGAGGUCCAAGUCGCGGCAUUGCGAGUCGUCGAGGAAAAUAUUCGACUGAGGGAGCUGCUCCGGCGCGUCGGAGUGGACAAUUGCACUUUGCAAGGGAGAAGCCACAGGUUUAUAAUUACCGAGGAUAUGCUCGCCGGUCGCCGAAACAGAAGUAGGUUGUGA